CGCGGCGGCGGUGGCGGCGGCGGCUCGGUGGCGGCUCCGUGUCGCCGGAGCCCAAGCGCGCGGGCCGGUCCCGGCGGCCGGGGGCGCCAUGUGGUUCAUGUACGUGCUGAGCUGGCUGUCGCUGUUCAUCCAAGUGGCCUUCAUCACGCUGGCCGUCGCGGCCGGACUCUAUUACCUGGCGGAGCUGAUAGAAGAAUACACAGUGGCCACCAGCAGGAUCAUCAAGUACAUGAUCUGGUUCUCCACGGCCGUGCUGAUUGGCCUCUACGUCUUUGAGCGCUUCCCCGCCAGCAUGAUUGGCGUGGGCCUCUUCACCAACCUCGUCUACUUUGGCCUCCUGCAGACCUUCCCCUUCAUCAUGCUGACCUCGCCCAACUUCAUCCUGUCUUGUGGCCUGGUGGUGGUGAAUCAUUACCUAGCAUUUCAGUUUUUUGCGGAAGAAUAUUACCCCUUCUCAGAGGUCCUGGCCUAUUUCACUUUCUGCCUGUGGAUAAUCCCGUUUGCAUUCUUCGUGUCACUUUCGGCUGGGGAGAAUGUCCUGCCCUCCACCAUGCAGCCAGGAGAUGACGUGGUCUCCAAUUACUUCACCAAAGGCAAGCGGGGCAAACGCUUAGGCAUCCUGGUUGUCUUCAACUUCAUCAAAGAGGCCAUUCUGCCCAGUCGUCAGAAGAUAUACUGACCCCCUUGGGGAGGGGAUGUGGGAGCCAGCUCGGGAGAGUAGGCCCCUGGGCCUCUGGCUAGAUGGGGGCUGGGAGCUGGAAGACAGCUUCUUCCAGUCCUGGCUUCCCUCCCCUCGACUGAAGCCCCAUCCCGCCCUCCUCGGGGCUCAGCAUGGCUCAGAGAUGAUGCUGCCAGAGGCUGGAACCAGAGAGGGCACCAGGGAGGGGGCAGAACCUGCUUAGCCAGGAAGCCGAGGUGGCCGGGAGGUUCUGGCCCAGCUGCGGCAGGCAGGGCAGGGUCUAUGAAGCUGGAGAGCAGACAGUGACAAGUUCUCUGGGCAGAUGGCCAUAUGGAGGGGCCAGGGCUUGCCACUUCCAAGAGAAAUAGUUUUUGCUGUUGAACUGUGAUUUGUGUCCAAUUGCUGAUUCCCGUUUGAAUAAAGAUUUAGGUGGCACUGUUUGCCUUAA